CACACACACAGACUCACACACACACUCGUCCGCUCCUUGUACUUAAUGACGGCCUGAUACGAUGAUGUUUUUAAAAAUUAUUGUGACUUAGUCAACCACCAACAUGCAAAAGCGUGUUUCACCCGGCGAAAGCGUGAGAGUUGGCAGCUCUGCGUUAAUCUCGCGAUAAAAAAAUUGACGGCGUUAAAAUGGGUUUGCGUUAACGCCGUUAAUAACGCGUUAAACUGAUAACGCUACAUGAAACUAAAUAUUCUUUCUUAGCUCCCCCCUCUUCCCACCAUCACGCACAUACACACACUGAACAUAGCACAUUCCCAUGGACUCAAACAAGUAUGGUCUUGUGCUCUUUUGAAAGGUAACAUUCUGAACUUUCCCCCCCCAAAAAAGUCACAAUCACUUGAAGUGCUACUGGCAUUGAGUAAAAGCAGUUGGCACACAGUGAAGUAGAAGGUUUUUAUUUCCGCUUGAAUAUGUUUAAAUAAACACAUGCCUGCAGAUGACUCUAGCUUGGACUUAUGAGCUGGAAAACACAAUGGGACCCUAGCAUGAAGCCUUGAAUAGCCCAAGUUCAAAUUUGAUAACAAUACCACAGAAAAUGUAUAUUUGACAGAUCUUUUCCUAAGGGCAUGUCUAGGCGUUUUCCACAAAGGCCAUUUGGAGACUCCAAAGGACCCUUUGUAACCAUGGUAACCAACCAGGCUAAAUAGGCUAAUUUUACACUCAAACGUUUAUAUAAAAGAAACAAAACAACCACACAGUGAAACACCUCCUUUGAGUUCCUUUGGUGACCAGAGAGAUCAGAGACAUUGGCGCCAUCUUUAAUCAGCAGCUACUUCCUUUGAGUUCCUUUGGUGACCAGAGAGAACAGAGACAUUGGCGCCAUCUUUAAUCCGCAGGUUACUUAACUGACCACUGAAGAGACACUUCUCAGUUUACUCAAACAGUUCAACAUGACAACAAGUCAAGAUAGCUCUACAAGUCAGACAUCAGGAACACAACAACAACUCCAUCUGUCAACAGCUGAGCGAAUCAUGAUUCUAGACAACCGCUCCAAAAGCAACUUGCAGCCAAACUCAGUGAAUGCAAUGGCGGACCUCCUGCAACAAUUCAAAGGCUCAAAGUCAAAGAAUUUGAAGCUGUCGCUGGAGAACCAAGCUCUCAAGCAGGUACAGAGACGACUUAAGUCCAAGCUGCAGAAAAAGGACAGCAUGUUGAUAAUGAAGGAGGAUGACGGCAGGGAAAGAGAUAAAGUAAUCGCUACUUUACAAAGUGAAAAGGUUGCGCUGGUCAAUAAGAAUGAUGAGCUCAUGGCAAAACUGAAGACCGCACAGAAUCAGAACCGUGAUUGCAAGACUGCCUGUAACCUCAGAGUCGACUACCUUGAGGGUCUGAUAUGGAAGGGUCAGUCGGAGAAUUCCAUCUGCUUUAAAAGAACCAAGGAGCUGGAGAGCCUGGUUGAAGCCAAAGAGAAGAAGUGGCUCAACGUGCAGGAGAACUUGCAAAAUAAUGUUGAGCUCACGGAAAAACUGAGGGCCAUGCAGACUCAGAUUCAUCAGCUUGAGUCUGACACAGUCCUUAAAGUCAACACUCUGGAGGAUCAGCUCAGGAGUGAGCAGGUGGAGAAAGAGACCUGCCUUCAAAAGAUCAAAGAGCUGAACAGUCUGGUUGAAACCACAGAGAAAAAGUGGCUCAACGUGCAGGAGGACUUGCAAAAUAAUGUUGAGCUCACGGAAAAACUGAGGGCCAUGCAGACUCAGAUUCUUCAGCUUGAGUCUGACACAGUCCUUAAAGUCAACACUCUGGAGGAUCAGCUCAGGAGUGAGCAGGUGGAGAAAGAGACCUGCCUUCAAAAGAUCAAAGAGCUGAACAGUCCAGUUGAAACCACAGAGAAGAAGUGGCUCAACGUGCAGGAGGACUUGCAAAAGAAUGUUGAGCUCAGGGCAAAAAUGUGCACCGCACAGACUCUGAUCGACGAUUGCAAGGCUGCCUGUAACCUCAACACCGACUACAUCAAAGGUCUGGUAUUGCGGGUUUCCGUCUUCUCUGAAAGAGUCAAGGAGCUUGAGAGUCUGGUUGAAACCUCAGACCUUAAAGUCAACACUCUGGAGGCUCAGCUCAGGAGCGAGCAGGUGGAGAAAGAGACCUGCCUUCAAAGAACCAAGGAGCUGGAGAGUCUGGUUGAAACCACAGUGAAACCACCCAAUGUUCAGAAGAUGGAGGAGGAUAUUAAGUUCCUCAUCGUGAAGUCUAUUAAGCUUCAGGAGCUGGCUCUCAUGUCAGACAGCGACAAAGCCAAAAGAAGGGAGGAAGAAAGAAAAGUUCAGAAGAAGCAGGAGAAGAUCGAGAAAGAUAAAAGAGAGAUGGAGCUGAAAGACAAGAAGCAUCAGGAGAAGAAGAAGCAGCAGAAGAUAGCAAAAGAAUUAAUAGAGAAGCUGAGAGUGAAAAGAUAAAAGCUGAGCUUCCCUGCUAAAUUUCUAUUGUAUCUGCUUGUAGGUUAAAGAAAAAAGAAGGAACUGCACACAUAUACCAAGCUUCAUUAAUAAUUGACUAAUCUAAACCUAUGAUUCAAUUUUAGGACUUCAGAAACGUCAUAAAGAUAUUGUCAUUGUCUUAAUAUAGAAAAUAUAUGGUUUUAUGUGAUUUUAAACACUAUUAGUUACCGUACAGCGGUAAACAUACCUGAAACCCCAUGUAAACUAGAUCCAGACUUUUAUUUGGAUCUGCAUGGAAUUUGCAUACAUUCAUCGAUAGUUGAUAAUAUGUCUGAAUUUCUAAAUCAAUAUUCAUACACAAUUUACUGAGGAAUCAAUGGAAUUGUUGAAAAGUGUUCAAUCUCACAAUGUUAAAGACACGGAAUUCUUUUUUUUUAAAUGUUUUUUUGUCUGACUCAUAACAUCUUUCCACUUAAAGUCAUUGAAAUCUGUCAAAUAUCUUUUUUGCUGUGAACAAAUAAACAAAUGCAGAAGA